AUGACUACUGGAGAGAUGACGAUCGCAGAGAUGAAGGCGGCUUACGAGAAAGCCCAAGCCGAACUAGCCCAAGAGAGGGCAUCCAACGAAACCCUCCAGAAAGAGCUCGAAUCUGUAAAGAGCAACAAGCACCAGUCCCGCUACAAAGGUGGGAAGCCAAAAAAGCUAACGUUCGAGAUGCCCGAUGACUUUGAAGAUGUGACCGACGAUGAGGAGGAAACCCGUGAGGAAGAAGACAAAGAAGCUCCCGAUCCGGUGACCCAACGCCUGAACAAGAUGGAUGCACGCAUGACAAAACACUAUUCCCGCCUGAUGAAGUUGAUGACCAGGUUCCCCGGGGCACCUACACCAGUGGAGACCGAGCCGACCGACGGGACUGCUAUUGAGGCGUUCAAGAGAGGCCUCAUCCCCAAUUCGGAGCUAUACCGGGAAAUAACCAAAUACCCCUGUGCAACCUUCGAAGAGGUGCGAUCAAGGGCCACCGCCCAGAUGCGAAUCGAAGACGACGAGGUUAUCCGAACAGCAUCUCAACGAUCGAUAGGGGGCAGCAGCGACAGAAGAUCGUACACCCCAAGGAACAACAAUUGGCGACACCAACCAUAUGUUCGGCAAAACCAGGUACAAAGUGUCAAUCAGUAUUAUGAUACUAACAAUGUUUACAGGAACGAGCGGGUCGAACACCCUAACAUCUCCGACUACGGCUUCAACGUCGACAUUGGAGGUGUGGUGAACGCCCUUCAAAAUGUAGGUGGAACAGUCAGAUGGCCCCGGAAGAACGACAGACCGGACUCCAUGAAGGACAUGAGCAAAUGGUGCGACUUCCACCGCGACAACGGACACACGACCGAGGAGUGCAUCUCCCUCAUAAAGGAAGUCGCAUACCUCCUGAAACGGGGGCAUCUAAAGGAACGGUUGAGCGACAAGGGAAAAGAAACAUUUUCCAAAGACCAAACCACCCUGCCCGGCCCAGCGACAAGCAGCGAGCGACCAGACCCACCACCAUUCAGUAAAGUGGUAAAUGUUAUUUCCGGUGGUUCAGAUAUUUGUGGACUAACCUCUUCUGCAGCUAAAAAAAUUAACAGGGGAGAAUCUGAGACCGUAGAAGAGGGACAAACCGAAGACGAGGUCGCACUACACAGGUCCCUGACCGCAAUGGCUAUCACUUUCGACGAUUCAGAUUCUGUAGGUACACAGCGGGAGCACCACGACGGGUUGGUAAUAUCUCUCCCAAUAGGGAACGCAUUGAUCAAAAGGAUACUGGUCGACAACGGAAGCUCAGCCAACGUACUGUUCUUGGAAGCACUACAAGAAAUGGGAUUAGAAGAGAAAAACAUAGUAAGGAGGUCAACAGUCCUGGUAGGGUUCAGUGGAGAAGCACUACGGACGGUAGGAGAGAUAUCGCUGCCUACAUACGCAGAAGGCGUCAACAUGAUGACCAAGUUCAACGUCGUCGAUUGUCCAUCAGCGUACAACGUCAUCCUAGGACGACCAUGGAUCCACAAAAUGAAGGCAGUGCCAUCAACAUAUCACCAAUCAAUCAAGUUUCCAACCAAGUGGGGGGUCAUGGAAAUCAAAGGGCAGCAAAGGGAUGCGAAGAAAUGCUACGAGACAGCACUGAAACCAUCCAAGUCACCCAUCUAG